AUGAUGCAGAGCUCAAGCUCGGCGCCUCACACACGAACACCGUCGGGCGCCGCGCUGGGUGGACCAGAUGAUGGCGACAACCGCUCGCGGAAUGCCAAAGCCCAGCGCCGACACCGCGAAAAGCGCAAGGCACACUUCAAGGCGCUCGAGGAUUCGGUUGCUCUGCUCACCGCUCAACUCGAGGAAGCGCGCCGUCAAGUAAGCGCCGCGGCGUACGCGAGCUCGCGAAUCGCCUACUCGCCAGAGUCAAAGGAUGUUGCCCAACUCGCUGCAGAGAAUGCAUACCUGCGCGAUGAGAACGCCGACCUCCGUCGCCAGCUCUAUGCUGUCCGCAUAAACUACACUCCGCGCGACCCUGGGUCCGCAGGUGGUCCUCUCGGUGCUCCCCCAACAGCCGGUGGAGAACCUCCCAAGGUGGGUCCUUGGAUGGGAGGCGACAUCAAGCAGGAACCCGCGUCGGGAGCUGCACCCUAUGGCGUGUAUGGCGUCCAGUCGGCCGGGAUGGUAUCUCCUCCUCGUGUCGGCUCGUCGUCCCACGGCCGCACAAUGUCACACCCAGGCGACUUUGUUCGCGACCCCGCCGCCGAAGGAAGCACGUCGGCGCCAUCGUCGUACCCACCACCACUAUACCAGUUUGGCACGAUUGUCGGCGAGGACAAGUGGGCCGCGCAGGACCCUACGCGUCACCCCCAGCGUGGCUCGAGCUCGAGCUCGUCCCGCAGCCGCCUCCUGUCUUCCUCUUCGGCGCCAUCGGCCUCCCCAUACGUCCAGUCUGCGCCGUUCCCUACAGACCCACGCGCACACGCGCUUUCAACUCACAACGCGGCCUACCCCGUGCGGUACGAGUCGACCGUCUAUCCUGCCGUCCCGCCUCCGCACAACCUGCCUCGUUCGGCCGUCGGAAGCUCGAGCGGUGGCGGCGGAGGUCCAUCGUCUUCUGGAGGAUAUGCUCAUGGCGCGCCUCCCGGCAGCGGCGUGGCAUAUGUCCCGCGCACAGACGGCGAGGUUACUACCUGGGGCCAGCAGGACCAAGCAGUCCAGCACGGCCAGCAGCAGACCACCUUUGCAGCGUCGGCCGCUGCAUCGACGUCAGCAGCAGCGUUUGCCGCUACGGGUGCAGCAUACACCAACCCCUUACCCACAAACCCGAACCCGAUUGCUUUUCCCCCGAAUCACUGGCGUGAGCAACAACCCCGCCACUAG